CGUGUGCCCCCUUUUUCGAGUUUGAUAUAUAAAUGAGCUAUAUUAUUUAUAUUUUCUUUCUCUUUUUCUACGCAUGUCUUUAUUCUUUACAAAUAUUUUUAGAACGAAACAAGUGAUAAUUACACAUAUGGAUGGGCAAUAUUAUUUUGAAAAAGGAAAUACGCAUUUGUUUGGUAGAAACGGCACCAAAAUUGAUCCAAUGAUCGCUGUUUAUUAUUUUAAGAAAGCAAUGACGUUUAACCAUAUAAAAUCAGAAGGAGUACUGGGAUUUUGUUACGAAUUUGGUCUGGGGGUUGAAAAGGAUUUUGUUGCUGCAGAGAAAUAUUAUCUGUCGGCCGCUCUCAAAUCAAAUGAUGGAUUAUCCAUGGCUAGAUUGGCUUUUUUGAGAAAAUAUGGCCGUCCCUUUGUUAAAAUCGAUAGAGUCGAAGCGGAAGAAUGGUCAGAAAAAGUUAAAUUGAAUAAAAAAUCUAUUGAUUGGAUCAUCCAGGCCGCUACCGUAGACAACGAUUCUUCUUGUCAAUAUGCAUUAGGUGUUUGCUAUCAUGAUGGUGUUGGUAUGGAAAAGGAUGAAAUGGAAGCCUAUCGUUGGUACAAGUCAAGUGCCGAUCAAGGUAAUCCUAGAGGUCAGGGAAUCCUUGGUUAUUGCUAUGGCGAGGGUUUUGGUGUCGAAAAGGAUGAAUUGGAGGCAAUGCGCUGGUACCGAUUAGCUGCCGCUCAAGGAGAAACUGUUGCUAUUUAUAAUGUCGGUUAUUGCUUUGAAGACGGUAUCGGAGUUGAAAAAAAUUUAAUAGAAGCUGUUAAAUGGUACACUAUUUCGGCUGAACAAGGAAAUGCCUUUGCUCAAAAUAGUCUAGGUUACUGCUUUGAAGAUGGCAUCGGCGUAGAUCAAGAUUUUAAAUUGGCCACCUUUUGGUACAAGAAAUCAGCUCAUCAAGGCUAUCCCUGGGCUGAGUGUAAUUUAGGUUACUGUUAUCAAAAUGGUAUUGGUGUCGAGAAGGAUGAUCAGUUGGGUGCAUAUUGGUAUAAGAAGGCCGCCUUACAAGGACAUGCAAGAGCACAGCACAAUUUGGGUUUCUGCUGUCAAAACGGAAUCGGUGUUGAAAAAGAUGAAAAGGAGGCAGUUAAAUGGUACCGACGAUCUGCUGAAAGGGGUAAUAUAUUCGCAUACCAUAGUCUUGGUUACUGCUACCAAAAUGGCAUUGGUGUUGAUGUGAAUGAACAAGAGGCCGUCUUUUGGUAUUAUCUUUCGGCAGAAGAAAAUCACGCUCCUGCUCAAUUGUCCCUUGGUUACUGUUAUCGUAACGGUAUUGGAGUACCCAAAAAUGAACGUGAAGCUGUGAAAUGGUUCCGACAAUCUGCUGAACAAGGGAAUGCCCUUGCCCAAAAUAGCUUAGGCUUUUGCUACGAAGAAGGCUUAGGUGUUGUAAAAGAUUGCCCAAAGGCUGUAUACUGGUACCACAAAUCCGCACGUCAAAAUAAUCCAUGGGCACAGUGUAACCUAGGCUUUUGUUACGCAAACGGCAUUGGCGUAGAACAGAAUAACACAAAAGCCUGCCACUGGUACAAACAAGCGGCUGCUCAAAACCACGCUCGUGCUUUGGAUAAAUUGGCGCUUCAUAUGCAGAAUGGACUAGGCAUUGAGAAGAAUUUGGAUAUGGCUUUUCAAUUAUUUUUACGUGCUGCCGAACAGGAUCAUGUUGCUGCUCAGUAUCAUCUAGCAAAUUGUUACGAAAAAGGUUGGGGAUCUACUGUCGAUCUUCGACAGGCUACUAUUUGGUUUGAACGAGCCGCAAUGGCUGGAUGUCGUAGUUCGCAUGAACGAUUACGACGAUUGCUUGUAAGGGCAUGUUUAGUCUCCCCUGGUUCUCUACCUGCUAUGAGUGAUGAUGAUUUGAUGUGCUCUGGUUUCAUUUGUGGACACAGUGCGCCGGCCGCCUAAAAUUAUUCGUGUUACUUUUUCUUUAUUUUUUCUCUCUUUGUUAAUUUAUAUUCCUUUAUAUAGUUUCGCUUUUUUCUAUGUAUACAUUUAUACAUGUAUGUGUAUUUAUCUCCCAUUUUCUUUUUGACAAUAAAAUAGAUUGCCCUUUUUUUUUAUAUAUA